CCUCAGACUCUGCUGCAAGAUCUGUGCAUCGCGAAAGCUAGAUACACAACAACGACAUUGAAUCAACAAUGUAGCCUGGAGAGAUGGCUCUGCACUCUCAGACGCGGCAUCCGGCCCGUGGCUUGUUUGAACGCAAUGUCACUACUGGUCUGAGAGGGCACUACCUCAGCGUCUUAGAGAAUCUGGGGUCCAUGUUUCCAUCCCUCUGCUUUGGUCCAAACAUAUGUCCCCAUAAUGUCUUGAUCGUCCGGAAAAUAAGCCAAUAUGAUGGUUUCGGGACUGUCACGGCUAUCCUGUUGAACCGUCGCAGACAGCGAAAGAUUCACACUGCGGGUGGUCGUGAUAGGAGUGCCGACGAUGUGCGUUCGAGACUCGUUAUACCGAAAUUCCUUCACAUAUCCAUCGGAGAUUCCAAACAGGCGAGGCUCAUCAAACCAACGACUGACAGCACACAGUUUGCUGACUCCCGCAAUGUCGCCUGGCUGCCCGAAAGGUCUUUUUGUAUACUCCUCUCCAUCGUAUGGUUUAUCAAAAACCCAUGCUUUUUCUGUUUCCGAUCCACUACAGGAAACCAAGAUGCCUUGCGCGUUUAUGCACGAAGCCAACCUGCCCGGAUUAUGAAGCUCAUAGAGGUGGUACUUUCCAUUCAUCCUAUGUGAACAUCAGCAUAUGAUAACGAAAUGGCAGACAGCGAGAUGUAACAGGAUAUACAUGCCACGGGAAACAGAACACCCAUUGCCAAUCAACGUCUGUCAUUCCAUUCAGACCACGCCAAACCGUCACCACUUCCGUGCCCGAUUGCUCCAUGAAUGAUUGGCUGUCGUUGCUUUUGAGCGAACACACGCCCGUGCAAGGUAUUC